CACACGCUGCUUGCAUACGGCGGGAUGGGUGUUGCAGGCACGAUUAUAACUCAAGACUUUCGGCGCAGGGUUUGGCCAGCUCUGCUCGGCCUGUGGUUCACCUCUUUACCCUCACCCACCAUUGGUCAGCUUGUGCGCACCAUCCCUUUCAUCCAGCUUCAACUUCGACUCACAAUCACGAAUCAGAGCUCUGCCAUCCUGAACAUCGACUUCCGCGCUUCCAUCCCGCUGGGUCGACAUACAAGCCGCAAUCAAAGCGAUCAUGUCGAGCUCCAGCAGCCCCGCCUUCUUGGCUGGUCGCUCGCGCUCCUCCUCUCAGAUCUCCACUCCUCCAUCUCUUCGUCGCGACCCCUUGCUGCUAGGAAUGCUGAGCGGAUCGCUGGCCUCAUCCAUCGAAGCUCUCAUCUGCUACCCACUAGAAUACACAAAGACAUUUGUUCAGAUCCAGCACUCUCCAAUCAAGCUCGUCGGUGGAGGCAUGCCACUGACGCUCGCAAAGAGCGUAGACACUUCGCCUAGAGAUGCGCUCGUUGGGAAGAGGGGACCUUGGAAGGUGCUCAGUGGGCACUUGAGGGGUGAUUGGAGGAGACUGUAUGCGGGUGCAGCCCCCGUCGUUGCGGGCGGCGCGCUCAAGACUUGCGUAAGGUUUGGGGCAUACGACAGGCUUGGAGAAGCCUUCAAGAACGACGAAGGCUACUUGACUGGAGGACGGUCUUUGGCCGCUGGAAUGGGAGCCGGUCUAAUCGAAGCGCUGUUGGUAGUGAUCCCAAGCGAAACUUUAAAAACGCGCAAGAUCGCCGAUCCUACCAUAUCGUACAGAUCGCUCACCUCGAUCGGUCUCAGACACGUCUACUCGGGCGUGACUGCUACUCUUCUAAGGCAGGGGAUGCAUGGAGCUAUCAGGUUCUCCACUUAUAGCUCGCUAAAGAAUGCACUGCAAGGUAGCGCUAGACCGGGACAGGCGUUGCCUGGAGGAGUUACAUUCACCCUGGGCGCUAUUGCUGGCUUUGUCACUGUGUACUCCACGCAGCCGCUAGACGUACUCAAGAGCUUGCAGCAGAGCCUGCCACCGAGCACUCCGAAGAGCGCGCCAAGAGGCAUGUGGGGAUUGACGGGGUACCUUGUGCGAGAACGGGGCAUAAGAAGUUUGUGGGCUGGUGCGACUCCUAGAUUACUCAGACUAACUGUGGGCGGUGCGGUCACCUUUACUGUGUACGAGCAGAUCAUCAGUCUGACUGGGAAUGCAUGACCACUUUGCCCGCGAAACUAUGCUUGGCGGAGCGUCCACUCGGAUACUGGGUAUGCUGCGCGAUUGGAC